CUCUCCUCUCCUCUCCUAUUUUUUCAGUGCUGUUUCACCUGAGGGUGCUAGUUAUCUUCAGAUCAACUAAUACUUGUUGGUCAUCCCUUUCCUUGAUAUUUUUACUAGCAGACUCCCAACAUUUCUCUCUCUGAAAUUUGUGUCCUGCAUAGUCUCCAGAAUUUUUAACAGCUCCAGCUCAAAUAGUUUCCUGAUGUUCUGCUGUAUGACCAGAUCUCAAACCCUGUGAAGCCCUUAGACAAAGCUGAGUAAUUUUGCACUGGCCUAAGGCAAACAAUCCUACCAUGCUGAUGCAUCCCAUCUCUGGACACUGCAGUGAUGGUCAACCUCUACCAAGCUGGACAGACUCAUUUAAUCUCCCUUUUACGUCACUAUUCCUUUAACCAUGCUGAUUUAUUCCAAGGCUCAGUAUGCAAUGCCUUUCAAGCAUGUUUCACCAAUGCACACACAGUCUGUCAAGAAGACUCUUAGAAUUUUGAAUACCAGACCAUUCACCCCACUGUGCUUACCUACUGAGGAACGAUUACUUUGAAUGCCUACAGUAUUGGAUCUUUUCCAGUUUCCUGAAUGUUAAUUAAGAUCUUGUUCAAAUGUGCCUUACACUGCCCAGCUACAAGACUGGAUCUAGAUUUAACCAGGUGCAGUGUCUUUCACUGAGCAGAAUCUUUUCUACAUAAUCAAGCUGGAGCUGGGCUUCCCCCCUGUUAAACUCAGGGGAAUCCGCCCACAGGAUCAAGAGGAGGUGGAGGAUGGAAAGAGAUAUAAAGCUACCCAGAAGCAGCUCAACUUUACUGCCCUAGUUGCACGGAUCUACUCUCAGCAUGAAGAUACCUCUGGUGGUGCUGCUGCUCAGCCUGGCAUGCGUAGAGCUGGCCCAGUCCUUGCGGUGCUACACAUGCAAGGAGCCAACGGACAUUUCCAUGUGCAGAACUCCCACCGAAUGUCCCCCAAGAGCCAAGGUGUGCACAACAACUCUGCACUCUGUAGACUUGGGUUACCCAUUUUUUGGGAACAUCACCGUCACAAGAAGCUGUGAAGAGGAGUGUGUCACUUAUGAUGGGAUAGGGUCAAACAGGCCAACAUCAUGCUGCUACACUGACCUCUGCUCUGAUGACACCAGGAGCAGCAAGGGGGAGAGAAGCAGCUCUGCAGUGCUGGGUGUGAUGGCCAUGGUUUUUGGCACACUCCUCCAGUGUGUUCUGUGAUGUGAUGGGCAUCUGUGCUCCAAGCAAAGCAUUCUCACUCCUCUCUCUGCCAAGAUACCUUGUGAACUUUUAGAUGCCUUGGGAAAACUUCUUCACCCAUCUUGAGCGCUGUGAAUUCAAUGGGAUUCAAGCCAGGAGUUUGGGCAUCCAGACCUAAAAUCCUCAAAUUUCCAGUUUCCAGCUGUUAUAAACAGAUGUUCUUCACCUAUGGUUGUUUCUGUUCCCCAGAACCCACAUCUCACCUUGAAGCUUUCUUCACUGGGGAGCAGAGGUGGAUAAAGAGCAGUGGCUCUGAGCAGCAGGAGGGACUGGGCAGUGCCACCAAUGCUGGUGCUUGGGAAUGACCCCAGCAAGAGCAGGGGCUGUACUCACACUGCACACAACAGAUCUCCCCAGCUCUCACACAGUGUCUGUCUGUGACAAGAACCUAAUGCAAAACUUCUAAAAUACCUGCAACUCUUCAUCAGGAUCUUGUUUUAUUUUAUUUUAUUUCCACGCUAAGUGCUGUCUCCUGCGUCAGAUGGACUCAGCAAAGUGCAGUUUGCAAUUGCAGGGAGCUGGCUCUUAAUUCUGUCUAGAAUAAGUUAUGGAAUGGGUUCAGAAGGGCUCUACCUUCAUGCAUGGAGAUGGGACAUAUUUCUGAAAAGCUCAAAAGAUGUUCAGGAUGAAGAACUUAAGGCUAGUUAAACUGAUCAAAAGCAAAUCAAGGAGUUUGGAUGGACCAAACUCCCAUCAGCCCUUUGCCUGAACUCAGGUUGCAGUCAGAGCCCCUGGCUUUCUCCUUCCAGAUUUUUCAGACUGUUGUAAACAGUUUCUCCUAUUACUCUCUUCCUCAUUCCUUCACAGCAGGGAUGACAGAAACAGAAAAGUAAUGAUUAUUUCAGGCCUCAGCUCUUGGAAAAGUCAGUGUCUCCACUCAGUGCUGGGGAUUUGCUUUGAUUCUCCCUUGGAGCAGCUGUAAAAUUUGGUUUUGAUGCUCUGUCUGCUGUAAAAACAGGAGUGGAAGCAGAUCCAAACAAGUUAGGCAUGGCCAGUUCAUAGGUCUUUUUGGGAGGGGAGAGCUGAGGAAUGUGCAUUUCUCUCUCAUCUUAUUCCCUGGUUCAUUCAGGGAAUGAAAGAGGCAAAAGGCAGCAUGGAUACAUCCCAUGAACCAUUCUAACACAUUCAUAAUGUUUCUGCCAUGUCCUCUGUGGCAAACUCAGUUUUCACUCUAUAUCCAUAACAGA